AUGUUGUCGAAGAAACCGUCCCUGUCGGACCUGGACGCCACGUUGGCUCACAAACGGGAGCUACACAUGCCCACAGAGCAGGAGCGUACCAUUCUCUUUGACCACGACCUGUCGCAACUCAUCCAGUUUUCCAUCCCUGCAGGAGCCAUGAGACGACAUACACAGCAACUCGAGGGCAACCGACAGACUUCCAGCUUUGCACCAGGCUCAGAACUCGCCAACGUCCAGCUCAGGUCACGACCUGGCUCAAGAUGCGCUUCCGGUACCUACGCGUCCAGCAUUUCUUCUGGCGCAACCCUAACAGAGCCCGACGAAGCAGAUCCCAACCUGGACCCGUGGGAACAACUUCCACCGGUCCACUGUGCCAUUUCCGAACGCAUCGUGGCCCACGGUCGGUUCCAGGUUUUCACUCUGCAUAACGAUAAAGUCACAUACAUCAAAUGUGGAGACGCGGUUCAGGCCAUUCUGCCCAAGCUGAGGCUGUGGAGAACCUCUCUGUCACAAUUCAUCUUCCCACAGCCCAUACCUGGACGUUACUGGCGUGUAGAACUGUUCCGGUCUACCUACAAGAUUGCCGAUGACCUGAGGAUGGCUCUUGAGCAGAGCUGCUGCUUCCUGGACCAAAUCAAAGCUCCUGAGUUGGAGGAAGGUGCCAAGGAAGAGUACAUUGAGAACUACCUCGACCAGUUGAUUCCCGAGCACGAUCUCAAGGAGAAACUCGUGUCUCUGAACCCCAAUAACUCGGGCUAUAUUCCUCCUCCCAAGGAGAAGGAUGAGGAUGAGACAAAGGUGGAAGAUGAUAAUAACACCGUGGAGGAGGUGCGUACCAAUGGUGGUGAACUGAAUAUGGACUUUCUGGCCUCCCAGAUCGAUAACUUGUCUAUCCCUACUCAUUAUGAUUCCGAAGAACACGACUUGGAAACUAUUGGUUCAGCCUCUUCUCCCUACUCCUCCCUACUCUCUCCCUCCCCGUCUCCUCCCUACUCAUCUCUUUCGCUACAAUCGUCUCCUGACCUCGACUCUGCUAACUCCACUCUUUCCGACUCGUCGUGGGACAUCUCUGGCCACUUGCAACCCUCCAAGUAUGACGAGCUGUUUGCCUCUUCUUCUUCAACUCUCGAUGACAUAAUUGAGACCUUUGGUGUGGAGGAUGCUGACCAGAAUGACGACGGUGACAUCUCUGUGGACAUUUCAGACCAUCUGGCACGAUCAGACAUCACUGCUUCAUCUCCCUCUGCACGGUUCCCAGAGAAGCCCAAACUAACAGAGCGGCUCUCUCAGGUGACACUGAAGCGAUCAGUGUCGCAAUUGCAGCUGCAGAUUUCUCCUCGAACCCCCGACCAGGAGUUCCAGCGCCAGCUCAUGAGCUCUCCCUUACCUGCCAAAAUUACUCCCCAGCGACCGCAGUCGGCAGGUGUCCUGGGAUCAUCCGAGAAGCCCCGAUCUCCUAUCGAUGCUCGAUCUGCUAUCCGAAAGUUCUACACCACAGGAGCUUCGGCUGUUGCCUUCAUUGGUCUCCGACAUCCGUUUGCUCGAUGGAACAACAUCCUUGAGACUGAGACCAUGAAGUUCAGAUCCAUGGAUGACGAUUGGCUGGAGAUCAAUAUUGACGACUCGGACGUUCCAACCCCCUAG